GCAGUUUUUGUUUUUUAUAAAGAUUAGAAAUCAUUUCCAUAAGUCUGUAAUACUCUGUUAUCUCUAGCCAUAUGAUGUUUAAAGUAUGACAGAUAACGAACUUACAUAGUGAUCUGUUUCCAAAAUGUACUAUGGUUUAGGUACCACAACGAUGAUCUGUUCAUUCUUAUUCCGCACUGUAUAUGUGUGGACACAGGUAUUUCAUAACUGUCAUCUUAGGUUUUGGAGAUUGGUUUACCGUCUCAUAUCAGACAAUCAUCAAAUUUGAAUUGAAGAACAGGAAACCUGGUGAAGUUGCUUUCUCAACACCAGAUGAACAUUGGGUCAUGAUGCCAUUUGACUUGACGGAUGCGUCACCAGCUUUUCAGUGAAUUGUGAACAAUGUAUUGAGAAAAUACACCGGGAAGUU